AUGGCUAGCUCAACAACUGUUUCCUACACGGCGAACCUCAUGAAAUACAUGGCGCUCGACCAGAAGGGAUCUGCCAUGGCAGAGUACAUCUGGAUCGAUUCCACUGGCGGUACCCGUUCCAAGUCAAAGACUCUCACCAAGAUCCCAGAGAGCGGUCAAUUCACUCUUGACGAUCUCCCAGAAUGGAACUUCGACGGUAGUUCAACAGGUCAAGCCCCCGGUGACAACUCAGAUGUCUACCUCCGCCCCGUCGCAAUCUUCCCAGAUCCAUUCCGUGGUGCCCCAAACAUCUUGGUCUUGACCGAGUGCUGGGAUCCUGAUGGAACCCCAAACAAGUUCAACUACCGUCAUGAGGCUGCCAAGCUCAUGGAGGCACACAAGUCCCACGAGCCGUGGUUCGGUUUGGAGCAAGAGUACACUCUCCUCGAUAUGUCCGAUAGACCUUACGGAUGGCCAGUAAAUGGCUUCCCAGGUCCUCAAGGCCCAUACUACUGUGGUGUUGGUACUGGCAAGGUUUUCUGCAGAGAUAUUGUCGAGGCUCACUACAAGGCAUGCUUGAAUGCUGGCAUCAAGAUCUCUGGUACCAACGCCGAGGUUAUGCCAGCUCAGUGGGAAUUCCAAGUUGGUCCUUGCGAUGGUAUUGAAAUGGGUGACCACCUCUGGUUGGCUCGUUUCCUCCUGAACCGUGUCGCGGAGGAAUUUGGCGCCAAGAUCUCUUUCCACCCCAAGCCAAUUCCAGGUGACUGGAACGGUGCUGGCCUCCACUCCAACUUCUCAAGUGCUGAGAUGCGUGUAGAGGGAGGCAUGAAGCACAUUGAGGCCGCUAUCAAGAAGCUUGAGGGUCGCCACAAGGAGCACAUUGCAGUUUACGGAGAUGACAACGCCAUGCGUCUUACUGGCAGACAUGAGACCGGUUCUAUCGACAGUUUCACUUAUGGUGUUGCCAACCGUGGUGCAUCCAUUCGUAUUCCAAGAGAAUGUGGUGCCAAGGGUUACGGUUACUUUGAGGAUAGAAGACCCGCUUCAAAUGCCGACCCAUAUCAAAUCACUGGUAUUAUGAUGGAGACUAUUUUCGGUGGACUCGAUGGUACUGAGGUUAAGAAAUAG